UAGAAAUCGAGAUGAUCGUAAGUCUGCUGCUUGAUGAAUUUCACGUUGCGAUGUACGUGCAGAUGGCUGGCAAUCCGACUGGAGUUUGUCUGCAACUGCAUUGUGUCCUCUGCUGCUUUGUUUGCCGUCAUCGCCAGAGAGAGUCUCAGUCCAGGUAUCAUGGGCCUGGCCAUCUCCUAUGCCCUUCAGCUGACGGCCUCUCUGACCUGGCUGGUGAGGAUGUCCUCCGAUGUGGAAACAAACAUAGUUGCAGUGGAGCGAGUCAAAGAGUACAGUGAGACAGAAAAAGAGGCUGAGUGGAAGCGCGAGCACUCCGGCCUGGACCCCGGGUGGCCCACCGAAGGGCGCAUAGAAUUCAGAGGCUUCGGUCUACGAUACCGUCGCGAUCUGGACCUGGCCAUCCGUAACAUCACAGUCAGCAUUUCAGGAGGAGAGAAGGUUGGGAUUGUCGGUCGCACAGGAGCAGGCAAGUCAUCCCUGACACUGGGCCUGUUCAGGAUCAUUGAGGCGGCACAGGGGCAGAUUUUCAUUGAUGGAAUUGACAUUGCUGAACUUGGCCUCCAUGAGCUCCGCUCCAGAAUUACCAUUAUACCACAGGUCAGUGCUGGGAUGGCAUAA